AGCUUUGUAAAGGUACAUCUUUGAGGAACUACACACAUCUGCUGAGUCAUGACCUGCAUUUCAAUUGAUACGAUAGCCAAGUUAAUUAUAGACUCUUUAUUCUUCUGUUGUUUUGAAUGUCUUUGCUUGAUUUUUUAGUAGCUGCUCGCUGACUGGAGAAAUCAUUAUGCCGGAUAAAACUCAUGCCAGCGUACGGCGGGUAUCCACUAACUCUAUGAUGAAACCGCGACCAUCAAGUGCUUUAGAUAAAGCAAGGAAGGCUAGAAUGACUGCCUUGCAAACAGAAGAACUAAAACUUAAAGAUCUCAUAACUCCCGAGAGAUCAAAAUCGAGCAAAAAUUUGUUCGCAACGGAGGAGAUUUUGACAAAGGUCAUCCAAAGACCUACAAAGAAGUUUUCUCUCUUUAUCACGGGAAUUCUUUAUGUAUCUGCCAUGGGAGGAGCCCAGACCCUGUUCCACAGCCUUUGUGGUCACCUGCCGUACAGUGAGUGGGAUUGUCUCGGUAACGUGACUACCAAUCCCAAGUGUUUUGAAGCUACUCAGUCGUUGAAUCGUUCAACCAACGGGAGUAUUUACAACAAGACUACAAUAUGUGCCAACAAGUUGAAAGCUGGCCUCCACUUCAACUGGGUCGUUAGUGAUGUAAACUUCUUCUCCACUGAGUGGGGUCUCUACUGCGAUGAGAUGGGACUUUACAAGGACCUUAUCGUUCAGAUGUUCUUUAUUGGCAGUGGUUGUGGCACUCUCCUAGCUUGGUUGUUGUACGAUACCAUAGGAAGAAGAACCUCUGCUAUGAUAGGACUUGUGAUUUCUAUUACUGUCACUGCUGUAUCUGCUUUCUCUCCAAACGCCUAUCUAAUGAUUAUAUACCGCUUCUUUCAAGGUUUUGGAAUGUUAAUAUACUACACAGCGGUCUAUAUCUAUCUGAUGGAGAUAGUUCCGUCCAGUUUCCGAGUCAUUGUGUCAACUUUUUACAUGGUUUUCUGGAGUUUUGGGCAGUUAUUCGAGUUGUUCAUCUUCGUCAUGUGCAAAAACUGGGGAACCACCAUGUCGUUUAUGGGGAUGUUGAUGGUAAUUUCCCUGAUACCCCUCCUCUACGGUCCUGACUCGCCGAGAUUCAAACUAGUCACUCUCCGCAGAGAAUUAGAGGCCAGAAAGGAGCUGGAAUUAUUGUUCGGCUUGAACGGUGAAACAUUCCACUUCAAAGAAUUCAAAGCGGCCCUCACUUUCCACGAGCAGCGUAUGGAUGAGAUAACCGGUAUCAAUAUCGUGAGACUUCAUCCGAAGUUUGUAAAAGAGAUGAUUGUGUUGAUAAUACUGUGGUUUGUUGUGGGAUUCUCCUACUAUGGGUUUGGGUACAGUUUCAGUCAACUCAGUAAAAACAUUGUACCCAGCACCUUGUACGCUGCUAUCGGGGAGAUUUUUGCGAGCCUCAUGACGAUUGUUCCCCUUUUGUAUCUCGGACGGAAAUUGUCCUGCCAGAUUUUCUUCUUCCUGGCCGGAGCCUCGUUCGUUGUGAUGAUGUUUCCGUUUCCUGGAAUCAAGAACGCAAUCUCGGUCCAGGAGCUGACAGCACUGCUGGGUAACAUGGGGGUUUCAGCAGCCUUCUCCAGUCUCUACCUCUACACAUUCGAACUGUCACCCACUACUCACCGGGGCAGGAUAUUCAACACCUGCCAGUUUGCCUGCAGAGUAGGUUCAUUUCUUGGAGCCCGAUCAAACAAGCUGUAUGAGGUGAGCAAAUAUAUGGCUCUGAUGAUCUUUGCUGUGAUGAAUAUCGUUUGCUUUGGUCUCUUGUUCUUGAUGCCAAAGACUAAAGGAAGACCAACCCCUGAUGUUCCUAUAGAGGUGGAGAGAAGAAGUUACAAGCCCAAGAAAGGCGGUGAGGCUGAAGAAAGUAGAAGACAGGAAAAGGCAGUUUCUAAACCCCGACAACUUAUGGCCGGACCAAAUCGGGGUCUUCGGGCUGGACCAAAACGGGGAAUGGGAGACUCUGACGUUUAGUUAGAGACUCUGAAGUCAGAAAUGUAUAUUUGAUUAAUGGGUGUUAUAUAUUUUAUUGAUUUGUUAUUGAGUUAGUUUUUGACGAAGUGGAAGUUUUCAGAAAUAAGAAUUCGGGAAAGGUCUUUAUGUUGACUCUGGUAAGGAAUAUUCUACGGUGAUAGUAAUCUUGAAUAUACUGUUUAAUGUUUAUGGUGAAUAGUAAGAUACAAUUGCAGUAAAAACUCUCCAAACCAUGCCUAUCAUUAUCCCGAAACUAUAUUAGACAUACAGCUAAAUCUCUCUCUACCGUGAUUUUUCUAUACCGUGCAGUUGUUGCUUCAUCCAGAACAAAGAGUUCGUGAUUUUCA